AUUUUAACCUAGGAUUUUAACAAUAAAUGAGUUCAUAGAAUAAGGGUAUUUAAUUGAUUCCAAAAUGCAAGACGUGAGUGAAUUUGAUUUUGAAAGCGUUCUCAAGAAUUAUUCAAUCCAGGAUAUCGCUUUGGAGCAGUCGUGCAAACAAAGACUGAAUGAUCAAGAAACAUACGAGGAAACUUUGAAAACUUACAAAGAAGCUAAGGAGGAAUUUUUUAAAACCGAAGACGAGCACCAAACUCUUCAAGCAAAUUUUACUGAGAAACUCAAUAUAAAUAAUGCUGUUAACCAGCUGCAGAUUGUCCCAAAUAACAUACUCAAGUCCACUAGCGACGAAAUUUUGGCCAUGUUUGAGGAAAUGGGAAAGGAUUCAGACAAUUUUGUAAAUCUGGUCAAUAAUUACCUGAAAAAGUUCCAAAAUUUGGGCAGCGAAUUUGAGGAGUCAGUAGUUUUAAGAAACAAAGCCGAUUGUUUUAACAAAAAUGAAAUUCUUGAGCACGAAAUUACAGAGCGAAGAAACAGAUUUGACGAAAUUAAACAACGAGAAGAAGAGAGAGAAAAAUUAACAGUUGAUCAGUACUCAAGAAAACCAUUCGAAAGUUACUUGAAUGGUUGCGACACCCUCAAAGUAGAUGUUUUUGAGAAUGAACAGUACCUAAUCCACCUCAAUAAAAAUAUCAUUUUUUUAGAGCAAAGAAACCACGAACUUAAAGUUUUCAUUAAUUAGAAUAAUUGUUUGUUGUCUUGGGUAAUAAGUGAACAACCUUGAGUUUAGCGUGACGAGUGUGUAAAAAUUGUUUUUGUUGCAUAAAUAAAAGCUUAUCACCCAUCACAAAAUUAGAA